AUGCCCAGAUCCCCUACAUACUCCAGGUCGAGAACACAUUCGCCAGUCGAUGAGCGUAGUCCUUCCAGAGGGGAGAGCACAUGCCCGUUCCUCAUACGUAUCUUUGUGACCAAAGGAAGACAUACUCCGCUGGUGGAUUUUGAUGAAGGCAAGUUUCCACUGCGGGAUGAAUUUCCUGUGUACGGUUGGAAACACUCCACACCCACUUCCCUGAUCCAAACCCUCCUUCCCUGUUUCCCCCCUCUCUAUCGCUCCCCUCUAGCACGGUACGCUUUCAGACAUGUUUAUGUGGAUGCAUCUCAACGGGGUUUAUAUCGAUCGCGCGACUUGGUAGCAUUCACCGGACGGGAUCUCAUGACUUCCCUCGACCUACCAAAAUCCGGAAAAAUGGAUAUGGAAUUAGACGAAGCUCCUCGUGGUGGUAAAGUGGAAGAGAAGACUUUGGAAGAUUACGGAUUUAUCACCGGAGAUCUUCUUUCUGUCUUUCUUUUCGUCCCUGAACCGAAAGUACCCGUUGGACAGAGGUUCGCCCCGGGUACAGGACCGAAUGUUCCCUCUGUCGGAUGGGGAGAGAGGGAUAAGAAUGGAUCGUGGACCAAAGGUGUACCUUCACUUAGUAUCAGAGGAAGAGGUAAGGAUUUGGUGCCGGAGACUAUACCUCAAGGGAAUUGGCGUGGAGGGGCGCCAGGGUCAGGUGGGGAGAGAAAUGGACAUAGACGUUCGGAAGUCAAGGGGAGGAGUAGAAGUAGAAGUCCAACUCGGGAAGAAAGAAGAGAGAGCUGGAGUAGACGAUGA